CGCUCGCCUGCUCUCUGGGUGCCGUCGGCUCGGGCUGCUCGGUCUGCGAUUGCGGGAGCGCGGAGCGCGGCCCGUCCUCCCCGCCUCCCGUCGCUCGCUGGGGCCCGCGCCCCGAUUGUUGCUGGGCCCUCGGGACCCCGAGACGUCCUGGGGCGCAGGCGGUGCUGCCCUCCUUCCCAGCAAGGCCGAGCGCGUGCUAGCAUCCGGCAGGGAAAUGGUCGUGGUUUCGGUGCCCGCCGAAGUCACCGUAAUCCUGUUAGAUAUCGAAGGUACCACAACCCCGAUUGCUUUCGUGAAGGACAUUUUAUUUCCGUACAUCAGAGAAAACGUUAAGGAGCACCUGCAGACACACUGGGACGAGGAGGAGUGUCGGCAGGAUGUCAGCCUGCUGAGGAAGCAGGCUGAAGAAGAUGCACACCUGGAUGGGGCUGUCCCCAUCCCCGUGGCGUCUGGGGACACGGUGGAGGAUCUGCAGCGGACGAUCCAGGCUGUGGUAGAUAAUGUGUUCUGGCAGAUGUCUCAUGACCGCAAGACCACAGCGCUCAAACAGCUGCAGGGCCACAUGUGGAAGGCGGCGUUCACAGCUGGCCGCGUGAAGGCAGAGUUCUUUGCAGAUGUGGUCCCAGCAGUCAGAAGGUGGAGAGAGGCUGGAAUGAAGGUGUAUAUCUAUUCUUCAGGGAGCGUGGAGGCACAGAAGCUGCUCUUUGGGCACUCCACGGAGGGAGACAUUCUCGAGCUUAUUGAUGGCCACUUUGAUACCAAGAUUGGACACAAAGUGGAGAGCGAGAGUUAUCGAAAGAUUGCAGAUAGCAUUGGCUGUUCAACCAACAACAUCUUGUUUCUCACAGACGUCACUUUAGAGGCCAGUGCUGCUGAGGAAGCAGAUGUGCACGUGGCUGUGGUGGUGAGACCUGGGAAUGCAGGAUUAACAGAUGACGAGAAAACAUACUACAACCUCAUCACGUCCUUCAGCGAGCUCUACCUGCCAUCAACAUAGAGCAGCUUCUGAGGAAGACUAACAGUUUCCCCAGUGUCCGGCUUUAUCUAAUUGUAAAAGUAGCUUACUUACGUGCACACAGAGACACAUGCAAGUGUAUAUACAUGUACCUGUGCUCAAAGAUUAAUUUCCGUGGGCAAAUAUGUGAGUAAAGUUGUCAGUUCCAUGAGGACCAAGUUCAUGUAAAGAUGCUUUAUAUAUAGACCAUAAAUCUAAGUCUUACCGAAGCCAGGGUGUAUAUGAUAGAAGAAACCGCAAAAGUACAAAUCAAACGUGUGAUGCUUAUCAAAUUGUUUACCAAAAUAGAAAGCUAGUUUUGAGAAAUUAUUAUCCAGAGACCUUGUUAUUUUAAAAGCCAGAAGCGCCUCAAGGGCAUGUGUAAGAGGAGCCUACUGUCCCUGUCCCAUGAGUGAGGGUCCUAACUGCUGCACAAGACUGCGCAUCAAGCAGAGCUGGGGAAGGUGGUUCUCAUCAGUCAGGUAUGUGCCGGCGUUCACCUGUUCACGGCAGGUGCCUGGCUCCUCGAACCCUGCCAACGCCAGCGCCGCUCUGUAGUUACCUUUUCAUGUCUUAGCGCAGUUUCAGAAUAUGACUAUUUUAAAAAAUGUUUUAUUGAAACCAGCGUAACACUGCAAGAAUUCUAGUGUGUAAUAAUUCCUCUGAAAUGGAUGUGAAGAUGUAAGUUUUAUAACAGCAUUGUUUAUCCUGAUGCCAUUCUAACAGGAUUUCAUGUCAGUUUCAUGUAUUUAAUUAAUAAAAGCAUUUCUUCUUUCAGUUUCA